CCCCCCAAACUGCUCCCUUGGCCCCUGUUUGCUCCCCUCAGGCCUUAUCUGCCCCCGACCCUGAAUUGCCCCUCCAGACCCCGUCUACCCUCUCAAACUGCCCCCUUGGCCCUUAUCUGCCCGCGCCAGGCCCUGGAGUGCCCCUUCAAGCCCCCUCUGCGCCCCCAAGGGCCCGGCAGCCCCCGCGCAUGCGCGCCGCAGCCGUACGGCGGAAGUGAGGCUGCGCAGGGGGAGCACAUUGCCUGCCGGACCUACCGGAAGUGCCGCCGCCGGCCGGAAGUGGGGGCGGUUGUGGGCGCUACACCGGGGCGGCGGCGGCGGCGAGAGCGGCCCGGCCCGGCCCUUCCCGGCGCUCCCCGCCCGCAGCGGGGCCUCGGCGGCGGCCGGGAGGCCCCCACCGGCCCCGUGGCACCGCACCGGCCGGCUGCAGCCAUGGCGGAAGCAGCGGACAGCGGCGGCUGCGGCACCGCCACCGUCACCGAGACCGGUGCAGCCGAGCCGGAGAACCGCAGCCUGACCCUGAAGCUGCGCAAACGGAAGCCAGACAAGAAGGUUGAGUGGUCAAGCGACACCGUCGACAAUGAGCAUUUGGGCCGCCGCUCCUCCAAGUGCUGCUGCAUCUACGAAAAGCCACGGGCGUUCGGGGAGAGCUCGACAGAGAGCGAGGAGGAGGAGGAGGAAGAGGAGGCGGCAGUGACAAGGGGAGGGGAUGAAGGCUGCGGCCACCUCCACUGCGUCCGGGGACAUAAACGGGGGGCGGGGGCGGCAGGGGGGGGCUGGGGGGGGGCUGCCGGGGGCUGGGGGUGGCCCCCAAGUGCUGCCCCCUGGGCCCCCCACCCCUAUGGAGCACUGAGGAGCCCUGUGGAGGGUCCCAGCUCCCCCUGCCCCCCCCCCCGCUGACCCACGGACCUCCCUGGCUGUCCCUUAUUGACUCUUGAGCCCCUCCCCAGGUCCCCCAACCCCAAAUAUUGACUCUGGGCUUGAACCAUACCCCAAAAAUCACUCCUACCACAUCACCUCGGGGGUCAGCACCCCCCAAAUAUUACUGCCUGAGCCCCCCCCUUAAAUCGAUACCUGAACCCCUCAGCUCCUGAAGACCCUCCAUCCCCAAAAUGCCAGUCCUGUUUCCCCCAAAUUGAGCCCCCCCCUUCCAAAUAUCACUGCCUGAGCCCCCUCCAAAACACCAAUUCCUGCCGCCCCCCCCCACACAUACACCCCAGUGUUUGGGGGUGGCAUUUUGGGGGUGUCCCCACCACCCCUCCUCGUGGCACCUGUGGGCAUUAAAGGUGGCACCGCUGCGA